AUUCCUGCGGUCCACGAGUGGAGUCGUAGCUCCGGUUUCCCGUCCGGGGCUCGCAGAAGCAUGGAUGUCGACAGCCGGUGGCGGAACCUGCCCAGCGGGCCCAGCCUAAAGCAUUUAACCGACCCCUCGUACGCGGUUCCUCCGGAGCAGCAAAAGGCGGCGUUGCAGGACCUGACGCGGGCGCACGUGGACUCCUUCAACUACGCAGUGCUGGAGGGGCUGAGCCACGCGGUGCAGGCCAUACCUCCCUUCGAAUUUGCUUUCAAAGAUGAGCGCAUAUCUCUUACUAUUGUGGACGCUGCCAUCAGUCCACCCGCAGUGCCCAAAGGGACCAUCUGCAAAGAGCUCAACAUUUAUCCAGCUGAGUGCCGUGGCCGGAGGAGCACGUACCGAGGGAAGCUGACGGCUGAUAUCAGCUGGGCCGUGAAUGGAGUCCCCAAAGGCAUCAUUAAACAAUUUCUUGGCUAUGUUCCCAUCAUGGUGAAGUCCAAGCUUUGCAACUUAUACAACCUUCCUCCUCAAGUCCUCAUUGAGCACCACGAGGAGGCAGAGGAAAUGGGCGGUUAUUUUAUAAUCAACGGCAUUGAGAAAGUCAUCCGCAUGUUGAUUAUGCCUCGGAGAAAUUUUCCCAUCGCAAUGAUAAGACCGAAAUGGAAAAGCAGAGGGCUCGGCUACACUCAGUUCGGGGUUUCCAUUCACUGUGUGAGAGAGGAGCACUCUGCUGUCAAUAUGAACCUUCACUAUGUGGAGAACGGCACGGUCAUGUUAAACUUUAUUUACCGCAAAGAGCUGUUUUUCCUUCCUUUGGGAUUUGCACUUAAGGCACUUGUGAGCUUUUCUGACUAUCAGAUUUUCCAGGAGCUCAUCAAAGGCAAAGAGGAGGACUCUUUCUUUAAGAAUUCUGUUUCUCAGAUGCUGAGGAUUGUAAUGGAGGAGGGUUGUCACACACAGAAGCAGGUCCUCGACUAUCUGGGCGAACGCUUCAGAGUAAAGCUCAGUCUUCCCGAUUGGUACCCUAAUGCGGAAGCUGCCGAGUUCCUGUUUAACCAGUGCAUCUGCAUCCACUUGAAAUCCAACACUGACAAGUUUUACCUGCUCUGUCUCAUGACCCGGAAGCUCUUUGCUUUAGCCAGAGGAGAGUGCAUGGAGGACAAUCCUGACAGUUUAGUGAAUCAAGAAGUCCUUACCCCUGGGCAGCUCUUCCUGAUGUUUCUGAAGGAAAAGAUGGAGAAUUGGCUACUGUCUAUUAAAAUAGCUUUAGAUAAAAGGGCUCAGAAGACCAAUGUUUCCAUAAACAAUGAAAAUUUGAUGAAGAUUUUUAGUAUGGGAACAGAGCUAACAAGACCAUUUGAAUAUCUUCUUGCUACUGGAAAUCUGCGUUCUAAAACAGGUCUUGGCUUCAUGCAGGAUUCUGGCCUGUGUGUUGUGGCUGACAAGCUGAACUUCAUUCGCUAUCUCUCCCAUUUCCGCUGUGUGCACAGAGGGGCUGACUUUGCCAAGAUGAGGACCACCACCGUGCGCAAGCUGCUGCCAGAAUCCUGGGGCUUCCUCUGCCCUGUGCACACCCCAGACGGGGCACCGUGUGGGCUGCUGAACCACCUGACUGCUGUGUGUGAGGUUGUUACCAAGUUUGUGUACACAGCAUCUAUUCCAGCCUUGCUCUGUGGCUUAGGAGUCACUCCUGUUGAUGCAGCACCAUGUCGACCGUAUAGUGACUGCUACCCUGUCCUGCUGGAUGGCGUCAUGGUGGGCUGGGUGGAUAAGGAGCUGGCUCCUGAAGUGGCAGACACUCUCCGUCGAUUUAAGGUGUUGAGAGAAAGGAGAGUUCCUCCCUGGAUGGAGGUGGCCCUGAUUCCCAUGACAGGAAAGCCAAGCCUGUACCCAGGGCUGUUCCUCUUCACCACUCCCUGCAGGCUGGUGAGGCCUGUGCAGAACCUGGAGCUGGGCAAAGAAGAGCUCGUUGGAACUAUGGAGCAGCUCUUCAUGAACAUUGCCAUCUUCGAGGACGAGGUUUUUGGUGGAGUUUCCACACACCAGGAGCUCUUCCCUCACAGCCUGCUGAGCGUGAUAGCCAACUUCAUCCCCUUCUCUGAUCACAACCAGAGUCCUCGGAACAUGUACCAGUGCCAGAUGGGUAAGCAGACCAUGGGCUUCCCGCUGCUCACCUACCAAGACCGAUCAGAUAAUAAACUCUAUCGUCUCCAGACACCCCAGAGCCCUCUAGUGAGACCGUGCAUGUAUGAUCAUUAUGACAUGGACAACUAUCCCAUCGGGACAAACGCCAUUGUGGCUGUGAUCUCCUACACUGGCUAUGAUAUGGAGGACGCCAUGAUUGUAAACAAGGCCUCCUGGGAACGAGGCUUUGCUCAUGGAAGUGUCUACAAGUCUGAGUUCAUAGACCUCUCUGAGAAAUUUAAGCAAGGGGAUGAUAGUCUGGUAUUUGGGGUCAAACCUGGUGACCCACGGGUUAUGCAGAAGCUGGACAAUGAUGGCUUGCCAUUCAUAGGAGCAAAGCUGGAGUUUGGUGAUCCUUACUACGGCUACCUAAACCUUAACACCGGAGAAGGCUUCGUGGUUUACUAUAAGAGUAAAGAAAACUGUGUUGUGGACAACAUCAAAGUGUGCAGUAAUGACACAGGAAGUGGGAAGUUCAAGUGCGUCUGCGUCACCGUCCGAGUCCCCCGGAACCCAACUAUUGGAGAUAAGUUUGCCAGCCGCCACGGACAGAAGGGCAUUUUGAGCAGAUUGUGGCCAGCUGAGGACAUGCCUUUCACAGAGAGUGGGAUGAUGCCGGACAUUCUGUUUAAUCCUCAUGGGUUUCCCUCCCGUAUGACCAUAGGUAUGUUAAUCGAGAGUAUGGCUGGGAAGUCAGCAGCUUUGCAUGGUCUCUGCCAUGAUGCAACACCCUUCAUCUUCUCCGAGGAGAACUCUGCCCUAGAGUACUUUGGUGAGAUGUUAAAGGCUGCCGGCUACAACUUCUAUGGCACGGAGAGAUUGUACAGCGGCAUCAGCGGGAUGGAGCUGGAGGCUGACAUUUUCAUUGGUGUGGUUUAUUACCAGCGCCUACGACACAUGGUGUCAGACAAAUUUCAAGUCAGAACAACUGGAGCCAGGGACAAAGUCACCAACCAGCCCAUCGGAGGCAGGAACGUCCAGGGUGGGAUCCGAUUUGGGGAGAUGGAGCGGGAUGCUCUGUUGGCGCACGGCACAUCUUUCCUUCUGCAUGACCGCCUCUUCAACUGCUCCGACCGCUCUGUGGCCCACGUAUGCGUGAAGUGUGGCAGUUUGCUUUCUCCGCUGCUCGAGAAGCCUCCCCCAUCUUGGUCUGCGAUGCGUAACAGAAAAUACAACUGCACCGUCUGUGGCCGCAGUGACUCCAUCGACACUGUCUCUGUGCCGUAUGUUUUCCGGUACUUUGUAGCUGAGCUGGCUGCCAUGAACAUCAAAGUGAAACUGGACGUCAUUUAACUUGAUCACGGCCAUCUGCGCUAGGAGAAGAGAACAAAAGGUGCCUUUAAUCCAGUGAGGAUACUAUGGGUCUGCUCUGGGUCUAUAUAAGAAUUUCAGUACGGAAAUGUCUCAGUAACCUACUGAAGUUGGUUUUGGUACAUUCAUUUUUAAAAAAAAAAUUAUGUGCCUUCUUUAAAAAAUGACUUAAUUGAUAAUAGGUCAUGCAGGGCCCUUCUGGGCCCAGGUUCACUCGCUGUUCCCUGCUUUGAGUAGUAGAGUGUGUCCGCCGUCUAGAGCAGGGCAGUACAAUAAACAGAAAAUGGAAGCCA